AUGACCUGCAGGUGUGAAUUGAGCAUUGAAGGUGUUUGGUGCCAGAAAACUCAUCCUGGAGAAGUGCAUGCAUUGAGAGCUGUCAAGAAAAGUUUGAUCGAUCCAUAUAAGAAUCUUGGAAGCUGGAACAAGGGGGAUCCAUGUACUUCAGAAUGGACUGGAAUUUUCUGCUGCAAUGCUACACCGGGUGAUUAUCUUCAUGUCUGCGAAAUGUCAUUACUGAAUAUGAAUCUGUCUGGACGUUUAUCUCCAGAACUUGUCCAUUUAUCUUAUAUGAAGAUAAUGGAUUUUAUGUGGAACAACAUUAGUGGGACUAUACCUAAGGAGAUAGGCAACAUUACAUCGUUAGAAUUGUUGCUUCUCAAUGGAAAUAAUUUAACAGGUUCCUUGCCUGAUGAGAUUGGUUAUCUUCGUAACUUGGACAGGUUGCAGAUUGAUGAGAACCAAAUAUCUGGCUCAAUACCAAAGUCAUUAGCUAACUUGACCAAUGCAAAGCACUUCCACAUGAAUAAUAAUUCUCUCAGUGGACAAAUACCGCCAGAGCUCUCUAGCUUGCCAAAUCUUGUUCAUUUGUUGCUUGAUAAUAACAACUUAUCGGGACGUCUUCCACCAGAACUUUCCAAAAUGCCAAAUUUAAUGAUAAUUCAACUUGAUAACAACAACUUUGAGGGGAGUACAAUACCUCUUUCUUAUGGAAACAUAUCUCGCUUAUUGAAGUUGAGUCUUAGGAACUGCAGUUUGCAAGGGCCAAUUCCUAACUGGAGCAACAUGCCCAAUAUUUCUUUUAUAGAUUUGAGCCUAAACAAGCUUAGUGGAACGAUACCAGCAGGCGUGCUUUCUGAGAAUAUGACAACUAUUGACCUAUCAUACAACAAUCUUAAUGGAAAUAUUCCUGCAACCUUUUCAAAGCUUCCUCUUUUGCAGAAAUUGUCACUUGCAAGCAAUUCAUUAAGUGGUUCAGUUCCAUCCGCCAUUUGGCAGAAUAGACUCAAUCAAUCCGAGACGCUCAUCUUGGAUUUUCGGAACAAUAGGCUUAUAAAUAUUUCUGGCAGUCUUGUCGUACCGCCGAACGUCACUGUUAGCCUUCAAGGAAACCCCAUAUGCACCAAGGGUAACCUAACUCAGUUCUGUGGAUCUUAUGAGGAAGAUUUCAGCGAAAUGUUCAACCUAACAAGUUCCAAUGCCUGCGAUCCUCAAUCAUGUCCACCUCCUUAUGAGUAUGCCCCAGCAUCUCCUGUUGCUCGCUGCUUUUGUUCUGCUCCUCUGCUUGUUGGAUAUCGUUUAAAGAGUCCUGGGUUCACAAAUUUUCUCCCUUAUAUUGAUGAAUAUAAGAAUUACGUAAGUUCUGCUCUCAGUUUGAAUAUUUAUCAGUUUGACAUUGAUUCGGUUGCAUGGCAAAAGGGACCUCGACUGAAAAUGUACCUGAAGAUUUUUCCGGUAUACAUAAACAACAGCAUUCAUCUGUUUAAUAAGAGUGAGAUCAUCCGAAUUCGUGGCUUGUUUAGUGGAUGGAGGAUUCAUGGUAACGCUGUCUUUGGACCUUUUGAGCUGCUAAAUUUCACACUUCUGGAGCCUUAUAAAAAUGAAUUUCCCUCUUCUUCACCAUCUGGUAUAAGCAAGGGAGCACUAGCUGGCAUAAUACUGGGGACAGUUGCUGGAUCUGUAACGCUAUCUGCUGUUGUGUUCCUCCUACUUUUCAGAUCUCACACGAGGAGACACCGUGCAUAUUCAAAAAGACGUCCAUCAUCUAGGGUCCGCAUCAGAAUCGAUGGGGUUAAAGACUUCACUUAUGGUUCCUUGCCUGAUGAGAUUGGUUAUCUUCGUAACUUGGACAGGUUGCAGAUUGAUGAGAACCAAAUAUCUGGCUCAAUACCAAAGUCAUUAGCUAACUUGAAAAGUGCAAAGCACUUCCACAUGAAUAAUAAUUCUCUCAGUGGAGAAAUACCGCCAGAGCUCUCUAGAUUGGCAAAUCUUGUUCAUUUGUUGCUUGAUAAUAACAACUUAUCGGGACAUCUUCCACCAGAACUUUCCAAGAUGCCAAAUUUAAUGAUACUUCAACUUGAUAACAACAACUUUGAGGGGAGUACAAUACCUCUUUCUUAUGGAAACAUAUCAUUCUUAUCGAAGUUGAGUCUUAGGAACUGCAGUUUGCAAGGGCCAAUUCCUAACUGGAGCAACAUGCCCAAUAUUGCUUUUAUAGAUUUGAGCCUAAACAAGCUUAGUGGAACGAUACCAGUAGGCGUGCUUCCUGAGAAUAUAACAACUAUUGACCUAUCAUACAACAAUCUUAAUGGACCUAUUCCUGCAAGCUUUUCAAGGCUUCCUCUUUUGCAGAAAUUGUCGCUAGCAAACAAUUCAUUAAGUGGUUCAGUUCCAUCCACCAUUUGGCAGAAUAGAAUUCUCAAUAAAUCCGAGACACUCAUCUUGGAUUUUCGGAACAAUAGUCUCUCAAGUAUUUCGGGCAGUGGCAGUCUUAUCCUACCGUUGAACGUCACUGUUAGCCUUCAAGGAAACCCCAUAUGCACCAAGGGUAACCUAAUUCGGUUCUGUGGAUCUUAUGAGGAAGAUUUCAGCGAUAAGUUCAACCUAACAAGUUCCAAUGCCUGCGAUCCUCAAUCAUGUCCACCUCCUUAUGAGUAUGCCCCAGCAUCUCCUGAUGCUCGCUGCUUUUGUGCUCUUCCUCUGCUUGUUGGAUAUCGUUUAAAGAGUCCCGGGUUCACAAAGUUUGGCCCUUAUAUUGAUAAAUUUGAGCUUUACGUCAGUUCUGCUCUCAGUUUGAGUAAUUAUCAGUUUGACAUUGAUUCGGUUGUAUGGCAAAAGGGACCUCGACUGAGAAUGUACCUGAAGAUUUUUCCGGCAUACAUAAACGACAAAAUUCAUCGGUUUAAUAGGAGUGAGAUCCUCCGAAUUCGUGGCAUGUUUAGUGGAUGGGAGAUUCACGGUAACGCUGUCUAUGGACCUUUCGAGCUGCUAAAUUUCACGCUUCUGGAGCCUUAUAAAGAUGAAUUUCCCUAUUCUUCACCAUCUGGUAUAAGCAAGGGAGCACUAGCUGGCAUAAUACUGGGGACAGUAGCUGGAUCUGUAACGCUAUCUGCUGUUGUGUUCCUCCUAUUUUUCAGAUAUCACACUAGGAGACACCGUGCAGAUUCAAAAAGACGUCCAUCAUCUAGGGACCGCAUCAGAAUCGAUGGGGUUAAAGAUUUCACUUAUGAAGGUGAACAGAUGUUGAUAUAUGAGUUCAUGUCUAAUGGUAACUUGAGAGAUCACAUAUCCGGUAACUCAAAAGUGCCUUUGACGUUUGCUAUGAGAUUAAGAAUUGCAUUGGCUUCAGCCAAAGUUCCCGACACUGAAGGAUUGGUACCUUCUCAUGUAUCUACGGUAGUUAAGGGAACCCCUGGAUACCUUGAUCCAGAGUACUUCCUAACUCAUAAGUUAACAGACAAAAGUGAUGUCUAUAGCCUUGGAGUUGUAUUUUUGGAGCUCUUGACUGGGAUGCACCCAAUUUACCAUGGCAAAAACAUUGUUAGGGAGGUCAACAUUGCAUAUUCUUCCGGUGUGAUAUUCUCUAUUAUUGAUGAGCGGAUGGGAUAUUGUCCUUCUGAUUGUGCAGUGAAGUUCAUAAAGCUGGCUCUUAACUGUUGCCACGAUGAUACAGACACCCGACCUUCUAUGGUCGAAGUGGUUAGAGAACUCGAAAGCAUAUGGUUAAUGAUGCCAGAAUCCGUUACCACGAUGCCAGAAUCCGUAGUAUCUGAUCCUGAAAAGAUUUUCACUCCAUCAUCUUCGUCCUCUACACUGAAAACUUCUUAUGCUUCGCAAGAUAUCUCUGGUAGUGAUCUUGCAAGUGGCGUCUUUCACACAGUUAGACCUAGGUAA